GGAGCGGGGGGGGGGGGGGCGGUGGCUGACGGGACCCCCCCGCCAUGAGCGCCCCGGACCCCGGGAUGCGGUUUGCGGAGAGUCAGCUGCAGCGGCACGGCUGGCGGCGAGGGCGGGGGCUGGGGAAGCGGGAGGACGGCAUCGCCGAGGCCAUCCGGGUGAAGGUCAAGUGUGACACGGCGGGGGUGGGACACGACGCGGCGGAGCCCUUCUCCUUCCACUGGUGGGACCACGUCUUCAACAAGGCGGCUGCCAACAUCGCUGUGGAGGCUGGGCAGGAUGGCGUCUCCAUGAAGACCCUGUCCGAGCAGGGCGUCAGGAUCAGCAAUAAGAAGCCCCGCGCGGCCGGCGGCACCGGCAGCAUGCUCUACGGCCGCUUCGUGAAGGCAGCCACGCUCACGGCACGCGGGGAGGAGUCCACAAAGCUGCCCGCCGGCUCGGAGAGCAGCGAGGAGGAGGAGAAGCUGGACCUCUCUUCAGCCAGGAGGCUGACGGACGAGGAGCUGAUGCGAGUGUGCGGGGGCCGCACGGCACACAAGGGUGCCCGUCACGGCCUGACCAUGAGCGCCAAGCUGGCACGCCUGGAGGAGCAGGAGCGAGCCUUCCUGGCCACGUACCGACACAAGGACCGGCAGCGUGAGCCCCCGGAGAGCAGCCCCCCAGCAGAGAGGCAGGAAAAAAAGAAGAAAAAAAGGAAACAGUCCAGAGACAGAGUUGAUCCCAAGAUGCUGCAGAGUCAGGAGCCAAGCGGAGAAGGGGAGGUCUUGAAGAAGAAGCGGGAGCCAAGUGGAGAAGAGGAGGUGGCAGGAGAGGAGGAGAAGGCUGCAAAGAGGAGGAAGAAGAAGAAGAAGGAGGAGGACAAAGAAGAGCCAGUUGAGACGGAGAAGAGGAAGAAGAAUAACGAGGACAAAGAAGAGCCAGUCGAGAUGGAGAAGAAGAAGAAGAAGAAGAAAAAGGACAAAGAAGAGCUAACUGAGACAGAGGUACCUCUACAAGACACAGAUGGGCCAGACCAGGCUGGGCACAGCCCCAGGAAGAAGAAGAAGAAGAAGAGGAGGAGGGAACCAUCAUGAGCAAGGGCCAAGGCUGCCAUGCUGCGCAGCUGCCCCUACCAGCUGGCUGUGAGGGUCCUGAUGCUGCCUGCUGGCACUGAUGGGUGCCCGAGGGUGCUCUGGGCUCUCCCCAGGUGGAGCCCGGCACUGUGGCCCGGCUGCGUGUCCACUGCGGGAGGCUGCUGGGCUGGGACUGGUUGGUCUGGAGCUGGAUGGAGCUUUAUUUCACUCCUCCUGUCAGGGGUGACCCCAGUUUCCACCAGGCCCUGGGGCAGGGACACAAAGGGACAGACCCCCACAGAGCAUUGAAAUAUUUUUUCAAGGGCACAAAUAAAUCUUUAUUGCAAUGAAA